CAGACUAUGAGCAACAACGGUAGUUGUUUCCCCUUCUCCGGGUGCGGUGGGCAGCAUUGGGGAGGAUGGAGGCGGGUACCAUUCCAGACACCGGGUUGGAGAAAUGCUUACCCUUAUCAGAAGCCACUGAUGGGGAUUCCAGCAGCGGCAUCUACACAUGCUUCAUGAAGUCACAUCGCUGCUAUGACCUCAUCCCCACAAGCUCCAAGCUUGUUGUGUUCGAUACUUCCCUGCAGGUGAAGAAAGCUUUCUUUGCAUUGGUGACCAAUGGUGUGCGGGCCGCUCCACUCUGGGACAGCAAAAAGCAAAGUUUUGUGGGAAUGCUGACAAUCACAGACUUCAUCAACAUCCUGCAUCGCUACUACAAGUCAGCCAUGGUACAGAUCUAUGAGCUGGAGGAACACAAGAUCGAAACUUGGCGAGAAGUUUAUCUGCAGGACUCUUUCAAGCCAUUGGUCUGCAUUUCACCCAGCGCCAGCCUGUUCGAUGCCGUCACCUCACUGAUUCGGAACAAGAUUCACCGUCUGCCUGUCAUCGACCCCGACUCGGGGAACACACUGUAUAUCCUGACUCACAAGCGUAUCCUCAAGUUCCUCAAGCUCUUUAUUGCUGAGUUCCCCAAGCCAGAGUUCAUGUCUAAAAGCCUGGAGGAGCUGAAGAUCGGCACCUAUGAAAACAUUGCGAAGGUCCAGACAAACACCCCUGUUUAUGUUGCACUGGGCAUCUUCGUACAGCAGAGGGUCUCUGCACUGCCUGUGGUGGAUGACUCAGGUCGGGUUGUAGACAUUUACUCCAAGUUUGAUGUCAUUAACCUAGCUGCUGAGAAGACUUACAACAACCUGGAUGUGACCGUGACCAAGGCACUGCAGCAUCGCUCCCACUACUUUGAGGGUGUUCUCAAGUGUUACAAGCAUGAGACUCUGGAGACGAUAAUCAACCGACUGGUGGAGGCAGAGGUUCAUCGGCUGGUGGUGGUGGAUGAAAACAAUGUGGUGAAGGGUAUCGUGUCCCUCUCGGAUAUUCUACAGGCCCUGAUCCUGCCCGGUGGUCAGAAGCCUUGACUGCAUGAAGUUCAGAGCUCCCUCCUCCUCCCCACACACACACAUUUGGGCCUCAUGAGCAACACCAUCAACUUUUUCCCAUCACCCUUUUUGGCCUGGCUUGGAAAAGCCGUGUCACCCAACCGCAAGCCUGGGGCUUGGUUUGCUUGGUGUUUCCCACCAGAUGUGUGUCUCCUCCUUACCCAGUUCGGUUGCACGGGAGCCUUGAGGCCUGCUGGAUCCUGGAGACGGGUGCGCUGGUUGGGCUGUUAGGGUCCAGGCUCAGUGGGCCCAAUAUCUUCCACACCUGGAUGGAAGGAAGCUUGGGGCAGGCUUCCUGGCAAAGUGUGAAGCAGGCAGUAAGUGCAGGAGCUGCAUCAAAACCCUAAAAACCAGGGGCUAGAUAGGCCUUUGGUCAUGUUCUGGAGAUGGGGGUAUCUGAUAUAUAGCACAACUUUCUUUUUUUUAAGAGUCUCUUGGCUGUUCUCAGGCACCUGACCUUUGUAUGCCGUGUGUGUGUGUGUGUGUGUGUGUGUGUGUGUGUGUGUGUGUGUGUGUGUGAAUGAGAGCGUGUGUGUGACAGUGAGAAAUCCCCAUUCCAGUGCAACUUGUCACUUCCACCGAGCAAUACUCUGCAGUCUGUCAGGAAGGCAUGAAGCCUCUUGUGCACAUCACCUGCUGUGCUCUUCCCAGUGCCAGGGCUCGUACUAGUUCCAUAGGCUCUUAACGAACCUUGCUUAGGAGCUGAGAAUCCUUCACAGGGUCAUUGUACUGGGCAGCAUCAGCGAUCUGUGCCGGCAUCCUGGAGCAUUCAGAUUCCUGUUGUUCUAGGCCCUUCCUGCCUAGGUUUUGAUUAAAUUACUCCAUCUUUGAUUAACUUUGGCCAUCUUAUGAGAGGGAGAGUUGGAGUCAGCCCUGCCUCCAUGCCCUGAUAGAGGAAUCUGUGUGCUUAGCUGUAAACAUGUCACUCUCCUGCCUCAUUUAUGGCAGACAGUUCUCCAUUAGCUGUCAAAGAGACGGAAUUGUAAUGCCACUACUGCCCCUUCCAAUCGUAACUGUGCAAAAGUGGUUCUCUCGUGAGCCCCACUUCUUUUACACAUUCCUAUAAACCCCUCUUCAAAGUAUACAGCAUGUAUUUUUUUAUAAAGCCACAUUCUCUAUCUGACGCCUCACUGGUACUCUUCUUUUGGGCCUUCCCAGGCAAGAAGACCUGGGCUCCACCUCUCCUGGGAGCUGGGAGAAUUUUUUAAAAAUUAUUUCAAGUCCAUGCAGGAAACUGUCCUGCAUUGCGCCC